GGCAGCAUUAGCGGCGGCAGCGGCAGCGGCAGCAGCGGGGCUGGAGCCCGAGCCCGGGCGGAGCCGGCGGCGGGAUGGGGCAGCGGCGGGGCACGGCCGUGCUGCUCCUCGCCCUGGGGCACCUGGCUGGGCUGCUGGCAUCGGGCACCACCUGUGCCAACGUUUACCAAGGCUUCUCGGACUGCAUCCUCAAGCUGGGGGAAAACAUGGCCACAUACGAGGAGGCGGAUGGCAUCGAGCUGCAGGGCCUGCACCAAGUCUGUGGGUACUGGGAUGAAUUUCACACGUGUGCCCUGACAGCGCUCUGGGAGUGCCAGAAGGAAGCAGCAGCCAUCUGGGAGAUGCUGAGAAGGGAGUCUCAGAAAAUCAAAUUUCAAGGCAGCUUGUUUGACCUCUGCAGCCCCAGCACGACCCAGAGCUUUACCUGGACCCAUGUUCCCAACGUUUCCAUCCUCAGCAUCCCCCUCAUUGUCACUUGGCUGAACUUGUAAACUGCAGCUCUGUAAGUAUUGUGACAGAGGUGGUGGCAGCGUGUGUCGUGGCGUCUUUCUGGUCAUUUUUCCAAACCUUUGAGGAAUACUCUGUGUGGUGCUCAGCAAAUGCUCGGUUCCAUCCUGCACCUAUGAGACACGGAAGAGCUCAGCAGCAUCUCCUGGGUUUUGCUGUUUCUCUGUAACUUGGAAUAACGCUUGUUCCCUCCUGCCUCAAGACACAGGUGCAGGUCUGGCUGACUGCAGAGUUUGGGAACUUGUAGAUAACGGGGCAGAGGAUUUGGGGAGGAAUGAUGAUUUGGUUGUGACGCUGGAUUCUUUUGUACUCUUCUAUGGCUACUGGAAGGAAAACUGUUUACUUUGCUGACUCUUUCCACCAGAUCAACUCUCCAGAUUUUUUAUUUGGGCUCUGAAAACAAGAAGGGU